UGGCACACGUGAUCCGUUCUGUUGGUUAUGUCAGACAGGUGUCCACUGGGAAUUUAAAAAUGACCACGAUACACAAACUCACCCGGUUAACGCAGAGAUUAACAUUGUUAAAUAAAAGCUACUACGAGAAUGGAAACUUACGUUCGUAUUGCACAAUAGUGCAGCAACCACCGAAGACGCGUAAUUUGUUGAGGAUCGGUCUGCUCGGGGCUGCUGCCGGCGUUAUCGCGGGUACAGGUUAUGCGUACUACCAGAUCAGUAAGGCUCGCAAAAAUAUCUCAUUGGAAGGAACGCAGGCGGAGAGCGUAGUGCUGAAACACAAACCGCCUGUUACGCCGUCCCGAAAAGUUGUAUAUCCAGUGAACUCAACUGGUUUGGAACUUACGUUAUUUCAGUACCAGACGUGUCCUUUUUGUUGUAAAGUCAGAGUGUUUUUGGAUUACUACGGAAUAUCUUACGAUGUUGUGGAAGUGGAUCCAGUACUCCGUAAAGAGAUUGGAUGGUCCUCUUAUAAAAAGGUUCCGAUUCUGUUGACAAAAGUGGAGGAAGGUUAUCAGCCGUUGAACGACAGCACCAUGAUAAUAUCCCUUCUUGCGUCCCAUCUGCACGACACUGAUCAGACAAUCGAGGACUUAACUAACUACUAUCCGAACAUAGGAAUGAUAGAUGAGAAUGGCAAAUUCAGAUAUGAAACUAUCAACAAGUAUUUCCUCAUGUUCAACAGGCAUCUUCCCAAAGACAGAACAAUGAAUGAAAUAACCGAGGAACGCACUUGGAGGAAAUGGGCGGAUGAGGUUUACGUUCACACACUUUCGCCAAAUGUAUAUAGGACACUCGACGAGGCGUACAGAACUUUCAAUUGGUUUUCAGAGGUCGGCAAGUGGGAAGAAUAUUUCCCAACGUGGGAGCGAAUGUUGAUAGUGAACGUGGGCGCGACCGCAAUGUGGCUGAUAGCAAAGAGACUCAAGAAGAGACACCGUCUAAAGGACGACGUCCGACAGACGUUGUACGACGAGACGAAUUACUGGUUGCGCGCCAUUAACUCGCGCGGCACCACGUUCAUGGGUGGCAGCAAGCCCGACUUGUCCGAUCUCGCAGUGUACGGCAUCCUGAAGAGCAUCGAAGGCUGCGACGCUUUCCAGGAUUUGCUGGCUAAAACCAAAAUCGGCAACUGGUACAACGCUAUGAAGGAACAAGUCGAUUCACAUUUUGGCAGCGCGAAGUUGAGUAGAUAAUAUAUUAAUUAUUGUAUUUUUAUUAUAGUAUUUUAUUAUACAGUACAAUAUCCCAAAACGUACACAGUCGGGAUAAUGAUGACCAACUUCUCAAAACGUACACUUCCCCUUUUCCUUCACUCUUUAACUCACGCGCAAAGACUUACUGCGCAAGCGCUAGCGCAGUUUCGGUUUUAACUAUACUUAAUGGUGGAAAAAGAGCGAUGAAAGAAAAAAUAUACGUUUUGAGAGUGGAUGCGUAUACGUUUUGGGAGGCAUAUACGUUUUCGGAGUAUACGUUUUGGGAAGUUCUACUGUAUUGUAUUUGUAUAGAACGCACUCACUUAAGAA